AUGACGGGCGAGCAGCGCGCGGCGUUCGAGAGUCUGGCGGUCAGCCACAGGUUCGACAACGAGGGGUUGCGCGACCAGGUCACGUACUGGAGUGUCUGGUAUCUGACGCCGCGGGUGUUCGAGAAGGAGGAGAGGGAUCGGACGAUGGCGGCGCGGGCGCUCGAGACGCAAAAGAGCUCGUCUGCGUCGUCUGCGUCGUCUGCGUCGUCUUCGUCAGCGUCAUCCUCGUCAUCACUAGCGGGAGCAGCAGCCGUGCAUGUCGACUUUCAGACAGACGGACCCAGAAAGGAGAUUGUGGUGGCGCACUGGGAUCCCGAUCUGUAUCGCUCCAGGCUCUGGCCAUUGACGUGCCUCUUCGGGAUGUCGUUCGGGGCGCUGCACCUGGUGUCGUGGAAUGAUGUCUUCCCCACCACGGUGGAGUUGUGGCUGUGGCGGAUCGCGGCAUUCGUGUCCAUGGGGUCGAUGCUGGUGUUCAUGCACUUUGAGAAAGUGGUGCUUCGAUGGGAGGGGAUGGUGACUAUCGUGAGCCUGUCUUCGCCGGCGGUGUAUCUCCUGAGUCGGAUGGUGAUGAUGGGGGAGGUGUUUGCGGCACUGAGGGCGGAGGAGCCGGCGAUCUACGAUACUUACGAGGUUUCCUCCUACUGGGUCCACUUGUUAUGA